GAUGACUGACGAGAAAAAAGCCGUAGUAGCAUAGCCAUUGAGAGGGUUGGAAAUUGUUUCAACCACAGAAUUGUGCCAUUAUGUCAAUAACAGGGGAUAUUGAACCGCUUCCGCCCAAACAUCCUCGGAAAUGGAGGCGAGUGCACGGAUUUCAAUUGCCCCUUCAUCCCCAACAAGUCAUGGCAUGGGGCUUUCUGGCAUUCUUCAUUGCAUUCACCUUUGGCAUUCUCAUCCCCUCACUACGAAGUGAUGCCCAUCUAACCUUAUACAUCGUGUUCGGUGUGCUCUACUCGCUCCAUUUAUUGUUCCAUACGGUAUCCAUCGUUUUGGACCCGGCGGAUCCAAAUCUUCGACACCGCGAGGAUCACCAACCCGUUCCCGAAUUUGAUCGCGCUAAACACAACCAUGUGAUUGAAAACGGUCGUUGUCACUUGUGUAACAUCACGAUUUCCUCUCAGAGAACAAAACAUUGCUCAGUGUGUAACAAGUGCGUGUCAGUAUUUGAUCAUCAUUGUAAAUGGUUGAACCAGUGUAUCGGUCAGCGCAACUACCUUCCGUUUUUUGCCAGUGUCUUGACUGCUAUAUUCAUGUCUGUGGCUUAUGUCGGCAUGACUAUCACGGUCCUCGUUUUGUACUUCUGGCCAAGGCUGGAUCUCUUGCAUCCGUGGGAGCAUCUGCAUUUGGAUCCAAAAUUAAACAACUCCUCCAGCGACGCUCAAACCGCGACUGAUAUUCAAUUCGAAAUGUUCACCAUUCCAAUGCCAAAUGACUUCUUUCUGGCCGUAACAACCGGCUCCGUGUUAUUGGCUCUUUUUGCAUUCAUCCUUUUGGUUCAUCUGUGUGUCUUUCACAUGUACAUCAACUGGUCUGGCAUCACAACCUAUGAAUAUGUACGAGAACAAAGACUACAAAGUGACGAGCAACUGCGCAAUGAGUCCCAAUCUAAUGAGGGGAAGGACACUUCAAUUGUCAUGGCAAACCGGCCACGACGGCCCAUUUGGAAAUGCUGCCAGCGUGCAACGCAGGUGCGACCGGUGUCGGUCUCAAACUACCUAGAAAACCCACCCAAGCGACGGCGGACGGCCCUCAAGGGAUCGGCCCAUCGGAACGAGGAUCAGCCUAAACCAAAUGUGAUAAUUGCCAUGUCAAAGGGCGAUAAGGAACGCCAAGACGACGGAGUUGAAUAUCGACAUCUACGAGCCUCUCCACGCCUCGAGGAUCUCGAUAGACUCGAUACUUUGAAAUGGACUAACCAGCCCUCUUCUGUGCCCAAAUUGCCGGUAAUUCCUGGAAUAAAAUCCCGCCAACCAUCAUUGCCAACCCCUCACCAAGCCAUUGUUAGGGGAGAUUCGAAUGGCAUCCAAAGUGUUCAUGAACAUCUUACUGAAGAGGACAUGACCUCCGUGAUCUCACAUCGCAUACCUAUUGAUUAAUUAUCCGUGAAUGUUACUACAUAUUUUCUCAUGUUUCGAAACUUCGAAGCCUGGAAGGAUCCGCAAAAGACAAACAAAUAACAAAGCCACGCCUCAUCAGAACUAUUCACCCCUUCAAAAGUGUCAAUUUUUUUCGUCAGCAAUAAAAUACGUCAUGUGAUUGUGUU